CAGUGUUCGGCCAGUGGGGGCGCCACAUGCAGCGAACAGCAUAGACUCUACAUAGCGGAGCAACCGAGCAGUAAACAGAUCGACUAUAAGUAGUUGAACCGUCCGGUAAACCGGCACACACACGUUGUUGACGGAUAUUAUUUAAUCAGGAGUGACUGAAAAGGAUGGACUGCUGAUACUCCUCACUCUGUUUACACCGGAUCCAUCAGCUUCACUAUGUCAGCUGACGGGGAACUCAACACCGACGGCGCCGACGACAACAAAUUGGUCCGACCGAAGAUAGAGUUCGGUACUUUACUGCAACACGCCGGAGCCACUAAAGAUGUUUUCACCAUGAAGGAGGUGAUGUUCUACCUCGGUCAGUACAUCAUCCAGAAGCAGCUGUACGACCAGAAGCAGCAGCACAUCGUCCACUGCUCCCAGGAUGCACUGGGGCGGGUGCUGGGAGUCGACAGCUUCUCCGUUAAGGAGCCACGAGUGCUGUUUGCGAUGAUCACCAAGAACCUGGUGGCCGUGAAGAGCCAAGAGUCAUCGCCGAGCUUGAGUGAAACACACAGUAACAGCCAGACAGACAGAGGGACGGAGGAUGCAGAUUCAGAAAGUCGCUCUUCAUCGCCGGAUAGGAGGAGAACGCGGAGGAGAAGGAGGAGGAGCUGCCGGAGCAGUGAGCCAGGCCCCUCCCACAGUGUAGAGAACGACGAAGAUGAGGAGGACUCAGAAGAGGGAGAGGAAGGAGAAGGAAGGAAGAGGAGGCGGUCGGACAGCUACUCCCUGACCUUUGACGAGAGCCUGUCCUGGUGUGUGAUUGGUGGACUGGGAAGUGGGCGGGACAGACACAGCAGCCAAUCAUCUGACUCACACAGCACAUUACUAUAA